AACUGCUCAGAAAUUCCUGCAGCCACAAGCUGCUCUCGGUUCUUUUCUGUGUUCAUCGCUUUUCGCAUUCCAGUUUCAACCGAAGACCGGUUAGCAACGAGCGAGAAUUUAUCAUCCCGCCGUAAUUUGAAAUUCACGCGUGUUUAUUUUUCGAAAAUAAUAACAUUAAUUAUAUAUAGAAUUAAAUCUGAAUGGUAGAUAAAAUGUAUUUUACCUUCGUUUUUUUAAUUUUUACGCGUUUUUUGAGUGCUGUAAUUUGUGGAAGUUGCCAUGAAGCAAAACUGUGUUGUACAGGGAGAGAUUCUUCCUGUGUGGUACAAAAAGCUCCUGUUAAUGCAAUUAUAGAGGACCUUAACGAUAAGCCGUGUUAUUGUGAUCACGCCUGUUUGAAAUUGGGAGAUUGCUGUUCAGAUUUCAAAGAUGCUUGCGGAGUAGUGGACUGUCAAGUGUCGGGUUGGGGCCCAUGGACAAACUGUGACACAGAUUGUGGUCCCGGUACCAUGUCAAGAACUAGGUCGAUAAAAGUACGUCCUGAAAAUGGCGGAAAACAUUGUCCCAGCUUAGAACAGAAACGAGGUUGUCAAGUUUCUAAUUGUCAUCAUCAUCCUGAUCCAGCUAUUAAAGAAAUUGCAAUGCUACUACCUGGCUCUUUAUCGCAUAGCCGAUCCAUGGAAAAUAGUAGCGACAUAAGAAAAAAUCUGCGUGUUCGAGAUCCAUCAGAAAAUCCUCAAUAUGACCCAGAAAAAACGUACUGUGUGGAAUUCGAAAUAAUCAAAGCUUCCAAAGCAUGCCGAAAAGAAGAAGACUAUAAGGCACUUAAAGAAGGUGAUAAAGUCUGCGUUCGCUGCGAAUCGGAAGCUCUACAUGAAGAACUCAAUUGGAGAUGCCAUGGUCAUGGAACUGAAGGUCAUGUUACCAGAUGGUCGGCUCUUUCUGCUCCACAUUGUCAUGGAAAAUGGUUAAGAACACGUUCAGAUCCGGACAGAAAUUGUUCUGUAAGAACAUGCUCGAAUGGUGCUGCAUUCAUAUUUGUCUAAACAUAAAUUGAUAGAUCCUACUUUUUUCCAUAACUCGUGAGUUUUUUUGAAAACCUAAUCAAUUAAAAAGCAGUAAUGUUUUGGAGAGGAGUGUAUAUCAAUUAAUUCAUGUAUUAGAUGGAUGUACGUAUGUAAAUCAGAUAGCUCAUCUUAACUAAACCAUUUUCAUAAAAAAUAUUGUCGAAAAAGUAUAUUUACUCAUAAAUUGGAAAUUGUUAAUCCUAUCAAUUUUGAAUUUUUUUCGUUUAAAUAUGUAAAAUAAGAAUGAAAAUCGAGUUUUUGAAGCAAAUUUAUUUAAUUACGUUUAAAACAAAACUUAUUGACAGAAUUUUAUAACCUAACUUCCACAUAACUUGUAGUAAUAGUUUUCAUAAAUCAAAUUGGCAACCCCUCAUUAUUAAAUCCUGUGAUAUAGACAAAAUAAUAUGAACAUUACCCAGCAAAUGAUAAAUAUAAAGUCAAAAUCUAAUUAUUAUCAUACAAACUAUUUCUAAAAAAAAUUUUUAGAGAUGACCAGUCUUAUCAACUAUUUCAAUCAUAUUCACCGGUUCUAGAAAAUGUCAAACAUUUCAUUUUUGCCGAUAUUUGAUUUAUUAUUUCACUUUAAAAGCUAUUCUAAUUUAUAUUUUGUUACUUUCACCACAAAAUUCAAAAAUGUCGUUGGAAGUUUUAUAUUUUUUGCAUCUUUGUUUGAUACUUCAACCAUAUAUGGAAUACUUCUAUGUGAACAGUUUAAACGGGAAGGAAUGUCCCACUAUUAAGGUGCCGACAAUAUAUUAUUUUCUCUCUCGUUCCAGAUAUCUCGUAAAGGUUGCGCAUGCUUGAGAAUGCGCAGAACCGAGCUGGAGCCUCGGAGGAUAGAGAAAUCGUUGUCAUCCUGUCUUCCUUAGUCGGAACAGCUUCCACUUACAGGAAGUGUCCAUGUAGAAGUAUUAUAUAUAUGACUUCAACAAAACCAAACGUUCUUUGAUCAGAACUAUCAAAAUCUAUCAAUAGUCGCAUUCAGCGGACGUAGCUUUUAUCGCAACUAGUAAGGAGUAAUCGGGAACGUGUUGAUCGUUCGCAGGCAAGCCGUUUUUGAUUUAUAUAUAUAUAUAUUGUUAGUUUAUUGUAGUGUAUUGUUUACAUAGAGGCUAUAUUGGUUGUUUUUUGUUUAGUACAAAACUUUUUUUAUUAAACUUAACGAAUGUUUAUCACGCGGUGGUACUUCAUCUAGUUUUUUUGUUAUAAAUUACGAUGUGUAUUCAGCAUUCACUCACUUUUGUAUGCAUAUAAUUCAACGCUAAAUUAUAUGAUUAAUUCAUGAAGUUCCAAUUCAGUUUCGUCAUCCUCUUGACCGAAUUCAAUCAUUUUCUUCUGAGAAGGCUACAGCCUUACAUUUGAUCACAGAACUCAGUUGAUUCACUUCUCUCACGUUUCAAUGCCGCUACCGUUACCUAGCACAAAUUGAAAGCACUCCGAUUUAUGGCAUCCGCUCCAGAACGUGUUGAGUUUGUAGCGUAUGCGCCAGCCAACGAUUUGGCUAUAGUCUAUUUCAGAAAGGUGUAGAAUAAUAAAAUGGGGAACUCCGUCCAUUUCGGCUCAAUUUCGGUGUCGGCCAUAGGUGUAGGUCUUGGAAUAGUUUGUAAUAUUAAAAUUUCAAGUAAUUGCGUAAGAGAAUAAGGAAAAUUAUGUUUUCUGGCCUGAAGUGUCGAUAUCGAAAUAUUGUGUAGGGAUUACUUAGGUAGUAGAUUUUACAGUUACGUUUUGCAUUUAAACGGUACCGUUUAACCUUCUAUUAGUGCCUCUACUUAAUUCCAACCCUAUUUCAGAUUCGGUUUUCCUUUUUACGAGUAUCCUAUCGACACGCUUUUGCAGUAUUUGUGGAUGGACAACAACAAUAGGCUAAACCCAUAUAUUGACCCCAACCCGGGUGGUACUACCUGGAUUUGAUAAAAUGAAAGAAUUUUACAAUCAAUGCCAUACUAUGAAAGUGGUUUAAAUAUUCGUUGGGUCACUCUGUGAUCCCCUUGCAUACCUAAUGAGGUUUUAUUACUCUAUACUUUACUGAAAUAAACUAUAAAGUUUAACAACAAUUGUACAACGGUUUCGUCCGCUGAAUGCUACCAAUGUAAACAGAUCUCAAAAAUUAACACAUAACUCUCCCAAAAUUAGGUAGUCAAACAUUGACUGAUUUUUUCUACUUUUUUUAAUGCUUCUCUUGAAAUAUAAACGGUAUGAAUGUUUUAUUAUUACUAAAUAUUAUGUUCGGUUUUAAACUGAGUUAUGAUAACAUCAUCAACUCGAAUUUUUUACGAAUAGAAAUAGUAAUUUUUAAAUAUGUUGUGCCAUAAUAACUUUUUGUAUACGCGUUUUAUGCUGGUCUAUAAAUUCAUGAAUAUAUCGUAUCUAUCAGGAUCACAGUCGCCAAAUGAAAAGCGCCUUCAGAAUAUAAAUUUGUGUUCGAAGUAUUAUGUGACAUUGUAUCCUUAGUUAUGACCAAUAACACUCUUACCGUGUUGUCUAAAGUCAACCACACUCGUUCAGUUCAUUUUUCAGCGAACUGUACAGUUUAACCACUACAGAUGUGGAUGUUUUAGUCUCAGUUCAACUCAAUGCAUAGUUAAAUUGAGACAAAUAAAAUUUUUUCAACUAAUCGCCAUUUAUUUGGAUGUUCAACUGUACAGCUGUCAAUUCAAUUCAAGCUAACAGUUAAUGAAUUGCAGAAAUUUACUGAUUUUGUACUCAACUUUUACUCAAUAAAUGAUGUCUGAAGAUUCGGUUUAUCAUUGAAUCUACAUUUACGCUUUUUGGAAGUUUGAUUUUUUUGUUAAAUUACGAAAAUAAACCAAAAGCAGUGAAAUCAUCUUUCUUCAUCUAAUCUAGUGUUUCCCAACGUGGGGCCUACGCUCCAUAGAGGGUAAUUUGAUUGUUAAGGGGGGCAAUUUGAAAAUUGAGACGACAGUCGCUUCGGGUCAUUUAAUUAGGUAUUUUUUAGUUUACUUUUACACUAAUUUUAGUUUAAAUUUAGUUUUUAAUCGAAUGAUUUGUUUCAGCCCAUGAUAAAAUGAUUGAAACAAGCAAGAAAAAAACUCGUUAAUAUUCGGAUUGAUAUUUAAAAUUUAGGUUCAUACUAUCCAUGAUGAGUGGAUUCUUUUUUGACUUCUAUGCCAACGAUGCUUGACCAAAGAAUCAAUGAUCCAAGGUCGUCUUGAGUUGUAUUUGAAGAUGAAACACGUGCUCAUAUUAUUUUUGAUUUGAAAUAUUUUGGAACUUUAACGAAAAAUUUUUAAAAUAGAGCAACAUUAAAAUGUCUCCUUACUGUUCAUACUUCAACUAAUGAUCGUGUUCUUGAAGAUAGUUAUCAAAUUGCUUGAUCAUAGCUAAAACUAGAAAAAAUCAUACUAUAUGAAAAAAUAUAUCAGCAUUUCUUAAAACAGUUUUGAAAAUAUGUAAAAGCUAUGCUACUCAGUAACAAUACUUGGCAGAAGAAUAGACAAAAUGAGUUAGAAUAUUGGAAAACAACUUGUUGAAAAGCUAAAAACAAAAAAGUUAUAUUAAUAAAAGACAUUUUGCUGAAGAAAUGAUCUAUCUACAAAGAUGUAUAUAAACGAAAAAACUAAUAUGAUGGGAAAUUAAAAUGGCUGAUUAAAAUUGAUAAAAGAUGCGAUUCCAUAAAUUAUUCUUGUACAAUGUUAUUAAUAAAGAUAACUUGGUAGCCUCAAACAUCUCGCCAAAAUUCAAUAAAUAAUUCUAUUGAAGCUAAUGCCAAAUGUGAGCUCCUCUUCAAGCUAUUUCUUGAAGUAAUACUUCAUACCGAAAUAAGAUUAUUAUGAGUUCGUUUGAUACUCUUGUAAUUUUUCAAGCGACAAACUUGAAAUUAAUUACCUGUUAAUAAUCGAUGGUGAAGAGUUUGAGAGCUAUUUAGCCUAUAUAUUUGAAAACCUAAAUAUAUUAAAUUAAGGAACAAAUCUUGUCGAUGAAAAAGCGAAGAUAUUUGGCUUUAUCACCUUUAUCUUGGCUUCAAAAAAGUAAAGUGAUUCAUAUCGCAAACAGGCAAUGUUUGUUAAUUUGUUUGAUAUAUCAAAUAUGCAAAAUGAUGGGUCAGAUAAAACUUUAUUCAAUUUAAAAGGAGGGAUGGUAUGGCUUUGUAAGGAAACGGAAAACAAAUACCCAAUUUCAACAAAAUGUUUAAUAAAGCUAUUGCUACCCAUUUCAUCAUCAAAUUUAGCGAAUGUUGAUUUAGUCUUGUGAAUAAUUUUCUGGUGAAAAAAGAAAGAAUAACACAUCGUGGCUUAAGAUUGAAACUAACCAAAUUGGAAUUUACAUCUCUAUACAGCAAGCAUCAAGCAUAAAGAUCUCAGUGAAUUUAAAUAAUAAAUUCAUAUAGAAAAUUUUCUACUAGAAUUAAUUGGAAUAUAAAUUCCAGUUUCCCAUUAUAAGUUUUGAAAAUUUACUUACUACUUACUGUACUUCGUUAACAAUCAACUAGUGAUUUCUUCCUAAAACCUAUAAUUUAAGUUCCUCUAAUGAACAAUUAAAUUUGUAUGUUACAUAGAGGGAUGGAGCAUUAGAAUUUUAGAAAGGCCAAAAUGGGCCAUAGCACAAAAAAGGUUGGGAAACACUGCUCUAAUCCAUUGUAAACUUUGAAGGUUUGAACUGUCUUGUCUAACGCCGGUCAAAAACGAUCAAUUUGGCCACUAAGUGAGUAGUUAUUCAGUCUCAGUUCAACAUAAUGCACAGUUAAGUUGAGACGAAUGCAAAUUGAAUUUUUUCAACUAAAUGUGUAAUUGGGGGUCCAACUGUACAUCUCUCAGUUCAAUUUGAGUCAGUAUUCAAUGAAUUGCAGAAAUCUCUACUCAAUUCUUUUAAUAAAUGAUCUCUGAAAAUUGACUUUAUCUCUGAUUCCACGUUCACGCUUUUUUCGAUGAUAUACAGUUUUUGUAAAAUUAUCCAAAAUAAACCAAGAGAAGGUUUGAAUUGUACGUGUAGACUGAACAGUUCAAAUUCUCAGGCGCGCUCUCGCGAAGCAAAUUUUGUUGAUCCAUUCAAAAUAUUUUUUGACGCUUGUAAAAGCACUCAAAUGGUACGCGCUAAUAGUCACAAAAUCUACAAAUAUUACAAGGUUUAUUUUAAAGUAAUUGUUAUAUUUAUUGUUAAUCGAUUGGAUAAAAUCAAUUUCCAUAUAAAUACAAUAACUGGCUUAUCAAUAAUGAAUAUACGUGUGAACUCGAAGUGGGUCAAUUCGAAUUAAACCAAUAUAUAAAAUUCGACCCUUAAGAAAAGGUACACAUAUUUGAAAACUUCCAUAGAUAACCUUUAUAUCAUUAGCCCUUCUAAAUAGACUAAUUAUGAGUGCGUGAGCAACAAUUUGGUAACACAAAGGGUUUUCGGAAGCUAAGAUCAUGAACUGAAUGUUCGAAAAGUGAUUUUAAUCCCGUUCACUGUCGUUUGGAAAGUUAAAGAAGUAAUCGGGUCAUAUCAUAUGAUAGCAUCCUCUCUCCUUUAGUAUAUCGCAGGUAAAUGCGAUCAGCUCAUGGCUUAUUUCAUUUAUUAUUGUUUUUUCAUCCCUUAAAAGUUAUUAAUCAUCCGUACUUAGUUUUUUUUCACUAAUUCUUCAAAGCAGCGUAAUUGAUAAAUUACUAAGGCUCACCAUUUUGUACUUUUUUAGGUUAUCGGUAUAUUGGUAAAAAAAUGUUGUAGAAUAGAUAUAAAUAGUUAUUUAUUAUACAAGGGAAAAAGGUCCUAGAUUAGCUUCAGGUUGUAUUGUAUCAUUCCGCUGCGCGAAAGAGAACAAAAAACCAAAAGCUAAAAUCUAAUAUUUUUCCUGUGUAUAAUACAUAAUUUUAUCUUUGAUUUAAUAUGGAGAAAUUAUUUUGUUACAACAUUCAAGUCAAAAAAUUAUCGAUGUGAAAUUUGAAUUUUGAAAUUAGUAGUCUAAGUUGUAUUUAUAGCAACAACUAGGACUACGUUGUUAAGGAAACUUUUUAAGUAAUCAAAUAGCUGUCAAUUUGAUUUUUUAUAUGAUUAGAAAAUUGUGCCUUUGUUGUUUGCUUAGAAGUUAUUUUCAAUACUAUAAAGCAAAAAAUGUCUAAUUCCGUGUUUUCUUUGACUUCACCGGAAUUAGUAGAUGUAGCCAAAGUAGCGUCACAAAAAUUAUUGCCAGUUAAAUCGCGGAAAAUUUGCGAAACCGCGUAUUUUCGAUUCAUGGAAUGGCAAACGAAGAAGAAGAAGUUCUUUCUCGGUAUUAGUGGCUUAUUUUUCGAAAUUUACACAACAACAAAAGCCAUCAACAGUGCGGUCGAAUUAUUCAAUGAUUAAAAAUCUUUCAAUAUAUUGAAGACAUUUCAAAAUAUUUCAAACUAAUUACCAUUUAUGGACAGUUUCUAUAAUUGGAAGGUGUUCCGACUAAGUGAAACAAAUAGUGUAUCGUUUUAUCUCUCCUCCGGGCGCUUCAGUUAGUUCUGUGCUUCUUUUGCGCGCAUGAAGCAUACGCAGUAUAGAUAAAAUAUCUCGAACGAGAUUUCCCCUUAAGAACUGUCCAUAUAGGACGCUGGUGAAGGUUACUGUUGUAUUUGGGAUUGUAUGAGCUUGUCGAAUUUGUGAAAUCAGCCAGGUAACAAUAGAUGAUAUUGAAGAUUCAGGAACGUUAUUAAUUAUGAAACUUAAGGAAACAAAGAAUGAUAUAAACAGGAGAGUUGUAGUUACUGAAAAAUAUGUUUAAGUGUACAUAGCCCUUUGUCCAACAGCAGCAAAGGAACGCCGCCUGUUUUAUGCAUAUCACAAUGAAAAUUGUAUCAAUCAGGUUGUAGGUGAAAACCAGUUUAAUAAGGUUCCUAAAACAAUGGCUAAUUUUCUGGGGAGACACUAAAGAAACACGAAAUGACGAAAAGUCAUUCAUGCAAUGCACAUUUAAUAAUUGUGCUUUUGGUAUAAACGAGUUAUAACUUUAGUAUCUAUAAAAUAAAAUAUUCUGAAAUUAAAUCUCUACCUUUUCUUAAAUUUAUUUUCAAUAUAGGGGAGAAAAGUACUUAUUUUAUUUCGGGGAAAAAAGUGAUUUCAUGAAAAACAACAAGCUAACAUUUCCAUAGAAAACGGAACGAGACUGACAGAAAGUUUAAUGAAAACUCUUCCUGAGUAAGAUUAUAGAGUUAAAGAGUUCAUAUUAAAGGUAGGAAUAGCAGAAAAGAGAUGAAGAGUAUCGGUUUACUAAUCUCUACUCGCUAUUAAAAUCAAAACUUUUGAUUCCCUUCCUUUACCAUUGUCCCUACUUGCAACUUCGACGGCAUGGCGAUCCAAUCAGAAUUGAGUAGUAUGGUAUACUGAUGUUCUGUUUCUCUCUAUCACCAGUACAGCCCAAUUCUAUAAGCGCCCUUACCUCGCAUUCUCUAUCUUUAAUAUUAACUCUAUGGUUAGUAUUUGUCCACAAUUAGCUGAUAGGUUAUCUACCGUUGUAUGAGAUAUUACUCCUAGAUUUGAUCAGCAUAAAACGUAAUGAUGUUUUUCUUAUAUAUGUAUGCAGAAAUACUAACAGUAGUUUAAAUGUUAGAGAAUAUUUUAAUUAAGGACGUUAAAUCUUUGUAAACCUAGUGAGCAAUAUUUCUUUGAACUAAUGUAUAUAAUUAACAUAUUAAGUAAGAUUAAUCCUUUUUGUAGUGAUAUAUAACCUAUUUUUGUCAAACAUAUCAAAUAAAAAUCAAAUGUUUUGUCGAGUUCGAACAAAAUAAAGAUUGAAUAAUUGUA